ACCGUAGUCCGCGCUCACCUCGCUUAGAUGCGGUGUUUCUAAGUGUUCAUUGCGGCGGUGUAUUAUCUUAAUUUUGCAACGUAGUUAGUGUAUAUUAGAUUGUUUUUGACCUUUUAAAUCUGUUUUGUGUUCGUUUAAAUCUCAGAACGUCAUCCGACCAGCUUGCGGGGUCGACCGAAGUCCUUAUUUUCACAAAAUAUACUUGCUUCCCUGUGCAACCGGUUCCGGUAGCUGCGUGCAGAUAGCCGUUAAAGGCAGCAUACAUUUCGUGCAUAAUGGCGCAAAUAAAGAAUCCACUGAAGGACAAGCUGAAUGAUGAUGAGCUGGACUUAAGCAUUAGCAAUUAUGCAGACAGAGACGUUCCUGUCAAGGACAUUGCACUUCUGAAGAGGGCAACAAAAUUGGAUUUGUCCAACAACAAGCUCACCGGAUUGCCUAAGUCAUUUGGGUCAUUGACUCAUCUGGUGAAGCUGGAUCUGAGCUGCAACCUCAUCACAGAGCUGCCAUCCAGUUUUGGGGAACUUCAUCGCCUCAGACACCUGGAUCUAUACAAUAAUAAGUUGUCCCACCUGCCGCCGAGCUUCCACCAGCUGACCUCGCUGCGAUGGCUGGAUCUGAAGAACAACCAGCUGAGCCCGCAGCUGGCGCAGGCCGCCGGCGAGUGUCUCAACCCCAAAGAGUGCGAGCAGUGCGCACGGCGCGUCGUCCAGUUCAUGGGACGCGUCAAAGAGCACUACGAACAGGAACGGCUGCGGCCG